AUGGACCUCCCUCAGUACCUUCACCACCACCCAAGAACCUUCUCCCCCCGCUCCAACCACCGCCCGCCGCCUCUCGACUCCGACCGGCCGCGUCACCGCCUCUACAUCGACUACCGCGACCGCUCCAGGCACUACUCCCCGCGCGAUUACGACCGCGAAUUGCAUAAACCCUACCGCCGCGACCCCGACGGCGGCGCUAGGUUUAGACCGGAGUACGAAGAGCGGGAUUCUCGCCGAGUUGAAGACGAUUACCGCCGCCGCGCCAGCAACCACGAGACGGCGUCGUUUAGAGAAGCGGAGUUUCGGGAUUCCGGUUCGGGGUGCUACGACGAGAGCGCGUAUGAGGAGCUGUUGAGGAGUGGGAGGAGGUAUGAGGCGUAUGAGAUUCAAAGGUGGGGUCUUGAGAGGGAGGAGGAUUUGUAUGACCCUUUCGAAUUGGAUGAGCAUGAUGAUGAGGCGGAUAGGAUUGUUUCGGAGAAGAGGGAGUAUUAUAAUGGCUCGGAAUCAGGGAGAACUAGUAGUAGUGCUAGUAGGUGGAAGCAGCAGAUUCAAAAGAAGAGUGUUUUGCUGAGGCUUCAAACCCCCAAGCCCAGGGAGCGGAAUUACUCUGGUUAUUUUGAUAGUUCCGGCUCCGGUGGGGCAUUCAGAGGGAAGGAGCAGUAUGAGUAUGAGUAUUUAGGUCAUGGGAGGAAGGAUGCGGUGGAUGAAGAGAGGCGUGGUGGUGGUGGAGGUGGAGAACAGAGAGGGGGAGAGCAGAGAGGUGGGAGCAGUCCUCUGGACCUCGAUGUGUCCUUUAAAUCAAAUUCACUGGUUGCCAAGACAGUUGGAACUAGGGAUGACAAGAGGGGUUCAGGUUCGGGUUCGGGUUCUGAUAUGGAUUGCUCAGAGUCACCACCGGCUCAGCGCAUUGAGGAGGUUGUAAAUGUGGAUACUUUGGGACUUGUUUCGAAUAAGACGUCUAGUAGUCCUGAGAAGGACACAAUGAGGUUGAAAGGAGUAGUUACUAGUUCUGGCAUGAAUUCACAGCUUUGUUCCGUUGUGACUGAUGAUGCGUUUGCAAAGAGUGAAGUGGAAACAACAGCGAAGGGCAAGAGUUUGCAUGAAGAAGGCAAGGAGGUUGGUACCAGGCAAAAGUCUUCUCCCAGUGUUUCUAAGAAGAUGAAAGUAGUGAAGAAAACAGUGGUUAAGAAAGUGAAAAAGGUAGCAAACCCCACUUCACAGCCCAAAGAUAAGAAAGUAGAAGCUUCUUUGCCGAAUGUUGUAUCAGAUGAAGAAAGCACUGUUCUCAACUCUUGUGGUAAGAAUACUGGGAACAACUCAAACGCAAAUCUGGGAUCUUCCAGUCCUGAAGAGAUUAAUCCUGAUCAGAAUGUAGAUACUCCGGUCAAGGGAUUGAUUACCGUUUCAAAUUCUAACAUCAAUGUUACAGAUUCGAUUAGGGUAGCUACUUGUCCUCUAACUGGUGUUGAGGAUGUCAGCAAAUCGAUCUGUCAGAGUGGAGACAGUUUAGCUGUUGAUGAAGUUGUACGAAAAGAAUCAUCAGAGACCAUGUUGGAUGUAGAAAGCGAUUUCACCUCUGGUUUCUUAAAUUCAGAUAAGACGCAUGGGACCAUGAAUGUAAAGGGUUCUGAACAUGGUGCUGAAAUUACCUCGGAGAAACCGUCACAUCAGGAAAUCAGUGUUCCUGAUGUUUGCACAGUGGAUGCAGUAAGCGAACAACCUUGUAGUUAUCAGCUCCCCACAUCACUUCAAAAUGGUGGUGUUGUGGAAGAACUUCCUAAGGCUCUUUCUUCAGUAGAAAAUAAUAUGGCGGUUGGUUUGUCGAGUUCAGGGGAGACCAAAGCUCUCCGCUCCAAGAUUGGUAGACGUACCAGGUGGGAUUCUGAUGAAGUUUAUGUUAAGAAAGAUAAGAGCAUUACAGUUUCCAAUUCUUUUGGCAAACAGCCAUCCCCUGAAUGUGCCUCUAGAUCUUUUGAAAUUUGUGCCAUAGAAAUAUCUCCAAAUAUUCCAAAAUCAGUUGGAGAUACUAAGAGUGCUACACCUAUGAUUCAAAAGAAGAGAAAAGUUAAGACACAGUUGGACUUUUCAAGGGUAUCCAAAACUACUGUAGAUCCUGUAGGUGUUUCUGUCCGCAAAAAUGCCUUGGAUUCAGCAGCAAGUUCAUUCCUGAAAGAUCCUAGUCAUGCAGAGGUUUCUGUUUCUGGUGUUCAAAAGUUAGAUAUGGGAUUACAGCCUGGUAAAGAUGGGAUCAGCAUUUCAAAUGGGAAAAGUUCAGUAAAUGGGUUUUGUGACACUAAGCUUUCAGGUAGAAGUGAUGUUAAGUAUGAUACCGAUGAGACUUCACCCGAGUAUUCAAAGAGGAGAAAAGUGUCAGGCUCUCAUAUGGUUUUGACUUCAGCACAAACCAAUGGAGGACAUACAAAUGAAUCUACAUCUUAUACACAUGAAUCUUUAACUCGUAUUGAUGUUCCAACACAUCAAGCGGACAAAGGGGCUUCUUCCAGCUUAGAUUCGCAGUGUGCUACUUCUAAUUUAAUUCCUUCUCCUGAGGAAAUCAAUGUAUAUCUUGAGGACAUUAUGGCUGCAGUAUCAUCUGAUACUGCAGCUGCAGCUAGGGACUCCUUUACUAAUGAUGAUGAGAAGUUUGAGCACCAAGGUGUUGACUCUUCUUCAGUUUCUGGAGGAUCAGGUAUUCCACAUACACAAAUCCCUUGUCCUUUACAAUCGAGAAAUGAGGAUGGUACUGAAGUUAUGAUCGUAAAUAAUCUUCACCUUGACAUUGUGGAUAUAGAUGGUAGUCAUGAAAAAGACCGUGAUGUUUGUGCAACAAAUGAGCACAUUAUGGUUCAAGGUGAGGUUCCAUGUACAAUCCAUUCAGAGCUCCAGUCUGCAGAUUUAGGUGAUAAUUCUUUCUGUAAAGAUAUGGAACUAGAUUACCUCUGUGUUAAGGAUAAACUGCCUUUUGUGCCAAGUUGUCUGCUGUCGAUCGCUAAAGGCAACGAAGUAACUGCUACCAACUCUAUCGAUGAAGGCAUGAAGUCUGUGCCUGAUACGCUAUCAGAUACAGGUACUCCAGAAACUUCAACUAGUAUCACUGACGCGCAUUUGCUGAUUUGUAAUCCUUCAGUUGUUAAAAUGUUUGAUGAAAAAGUUUGUGGGGAUGACCAGAAAUUUGAGUUGAAGUCUGAGGUUGCAUCUGCUGGGAAUUUUUUCUCAGAGACCAAAACUAACUUAACAUUAGAUAAUGUAACUGAAGGUCACCAAUCAGUCACAGGAAAGACAGUACCUUUGAAAUUGCAGGAAUCCAAAAAGACAUCUCAUGGUCUGCAUCUCUUAAGCGCUGAAUCUGCAUUGAAGAGCCAGUUGGGUCAAGCUACUCAUAAGAUUGUUCCAGGUCAUCCAUAUCCUACCUUUACUACCUCACAGAAGACUACCUCUUCAACACAUAUAUCAAAGCCACGGACUUGGCAUCGAAAUGCUAAUUCAUCUGCAUCUCCUCUUCAUGCAAGUACUCUUCCACCUCAAAGGCAGUUGCCACAAAGAAAUGGAAAAUUUGAAAGUAAUUCUUAUGUUCGUAAGGGUAACACCUUGGUUAGAAGACCUGCUUCAGUUGCUGCUGUACCACAAAGCUCUCAAGGUCUCAAUUCAUCUGUUUAUCAGUUGAACAUUUCAGGUAUAGAUGGAUCAAAGAAGAAUGCAGGAUCUGACGGUAGGGUUGACAUUAAAAACCCUUCGAGUCUCAUGAGAACGGGAAAAAUAAUUGCUCCUUCAGAUAGGCCUACAGCCCCACUACCCAGUGAAGUCAAAAUGUAUACAUCUGCUGCCAUCUCCUUGGGGACUCCAUCCCAAGUAGCUGAGCCUCCUCUUAGUGAUUUCUUUGGAACUAAAUCAGAUCCUAUGAAUUGUUCGGAUAUGAAAGAUGCAGAAGGAUCAGUCAAGGACUUGCUGGCAACUUCUGAUCCUCCGGAACACCAUAGCGGUCCAGUCACCAAUUCACAUGAUGGGAGUUUGGCGUCUUCAAAUGUGAAGAAAGUUAUAUAUGUAAAGCGAAAAUUAAACCAAUUGGUUGCAUCUUCAAAUCCUUCAGACCUUUCUGUCCACAAUGCUGAUAAUAACCAACCGUCAGAUGGCUACUACAAGAGGCGCAAACAUCAGCUAAUUAGGUCUUCUUUGGAAAGUAAUGGCAAAGACACAGUUCUCCUGCCCACUGACAAUCUAAACUCCCGGGUGCAAAAGGCUCUUAAGGUUAUUCCCAGUAGAACAUUUAACAAGAAGCGAUCGCUUAAGGCUGUUGCGAGGACGGGUAAAAAGAACUCUUUGGUCUGGACACCAAGUGGUACACAGUCAUCAAAUAAUAAUGGUAGUUCAUUUGACCAUCAGAAGGUUUUGCCUCACCUGUUUCCGUGGAAAAGAGCAAGAUCCUGGAGAACUGUUAUGCAAACUCAGGCUUCCAAUUUCAAUUAUAGUUCCUCAUCAACAAUCAGUAAAAAGUUGCUGCUUUCAAGGAUGAGGGAUACGGUCUACACUAGGUCAACCCAUGGAUUUUCACUUAGAAAGUACAAGGUGUUAAGUGUUGGUGGAUCUAGUUUAAAAUGGUCAAAAUCCAUUGAAAGUCGCUCAAAGAAAGUUAAUGAGGAAGCUACACGGGCUGUUGCUGAAGUAGCGAAGAAGAAAAGAGAACACAAUGGUGCUACCUGUGCUAGUUCUGGUUUAAAAAUCAGAAAUUCACCGGGAAAACGAAUAUUCCGCAUUGGCUCUGUUCGGUACAAAAUGGAUCCUUCAAGGCGGACACUUCAGAGGAUUUCAGAUGACGAUUCCUCUAACUCUGCUGUGCUGAAUCCAGAAAAGGAUGCCAAGAGGUCUUAUGUUCCAAGGAGAUUAGUGAUUGGGAAUGACGAAUAUGUGCGGAUUGGAAAUGGUAAUCAGCUUGUUAGAGAUCCAAAGAAACGAACUCGCAUAUUGGCAAGUGAAAGAGUUAGAUGGAGCUUGCACACUGCCAGACAGCGGUUGGCGAAAAAACGGAAGUACUGCCAGUUUUUCACACGAUUUGGGAAGUGUAACAAGGAUGAUGGAAAAUGUCCCUAUAUUCAUGACUCCUCCAAAAUUGCAGUCUGCACAAAGUACCUGAACGGUUUAUGUUCCAAUCCCAACUGCAAAUUGACCCACAAGGUCAUUCCAGAAAGAAUGCCCGACUGUUCUUACUAUCUGCAAGGUUUAUGCACCAAUAAGAAUUGUUCUUACAGACAUGUAAAUGUGAACCCGAAGGCAUCUACUUGUGAAGGAUUUCUUAAAGGUUAUUGUGCCGACGGAAAUGAGUGCCGGAAGAAGCACAGCUAUGUCUGCCCGACCUUUGAAGAAACAGGAUCGUGUCCUCAAGGGCUCAACUGCAAGCUUCACCACCCGAAAAAGCGAACGAAGGGAAAGAUAAAGAAACGAUCAAGAGAACAUAAAAAGGGUUGGGGACGUUACUUUAUUGCCAAGGAUGUCCGUGUUUCUGAGCCCAUAACAGCGUCUGCAAAGCACCGUGAACAAAAUGGUGAUGACAUAUUUGGUAAUGAUUUCAUUAGCAUCAAUGUCAGUGAUGAGGAGGCUGGAGAAAGUAAUAAUCCACCUGAGCAAACAACAUUUUAUGAUAGUGAUCCCUCUGAUUUGGACUUGGAUGAUCUUGAUGAGCUAAUAAAACCGAUUCGCUUGUUGGAGAAGAUGAAGAAGACAAACGUUUUGUGAGAGUGGCAACCAAAGAGGAAUUUUUUGCUGGAAAUGUGGUUGUUAACCACUCUUCUGACAGUAAGAGUUUGCAAAAUGAUUUUGGGUAUAGGCUCCCACUUUUUCUUUGGUGAGGUGGAGGUCCGAAGGCCAAGGGAGGACCCUAACCAGGGACAGUUAUAAGCUUGUAUACGAACGGGAGCAGGAGUACACUGAUAUGGAACACGUGGUGCAUAAGCAUGGUGCAAAAGAAAGCGGCAACAAGUGGACCGGGCUUAACAGUUUUUGAUGGUCAAGCUGAGUAAACCCAGAUUCUCAGCUUGGGUGAGGGUCAGAAGAAGAAGUAUAUGGAAGACCUGGCACCCAAUACCAUUCCUAUGCCCCAUCUGAGAGAGUCAGCAGCCAGUUAGCCAGUUCUGCUCAGCAGGCACCAAGUCAAUUGACGUCACACUAACUAUAAUUGUUCAUCCUCGGUUUCUUUCUAUUUGUUUGUUUGUUUGUUUUCUUUUUUCCAAGUUCUAUACUUUUAUUGUUUUCCUU